CAAGCAACGAGGUGCUUCGAUCCAGGGCCUCUGUGGCCGCACCAUGGAUUGCGGUUUGUGGAUCGCGCACCGGGGGUCGCAGGGGGUCGCAGUGUGGCGGAUUCUGAGUCAUGUGGGCUGAUCGUGGUGCUGGUGGCGGACCCUGUGUCGCGUUGGCAUUGGGCACGGGCGGUGGACCAGGACCGCGGUGGUGGCUCGUGAUGGGUCCUGGUGGGCGGCGGUGGACGGUGACUGAGGACUGGAGGGGGGUCUGGUCUGGAUGGUGGAUCGUGGUCUGGAUGGUUGCUGAGCAUGGACUGUGCUUGCAGCGGGACUGCUUGGCAUGUCAUGUUAGGGUUGUCCUUCGGGAUGUCUACCCUCAUCAAAUGCUGCUAGAGACUUUGAUUAUUGAUGAUGUUCUCCUACACGUGGCAUCUAUUGCACUUCUGUCCGUCCUGGGAGAGGGAUCCCUCACAUGUGGCUCUCUCUGAGGUUUCUACGUGUUUUUACCCUGUUAAAAGGGUUUUUAGUAGUUUUUCCUUACUCUUGCUGAGGGUUAAGGACAGAGGAUGUCACACCCUGUUAAAGCCCUAUGAGAUGAAUUGUAAUUUGUGAAUAUGGGCUAUACAAAUACAAUUUGAUUGAUUGAUUGAUUUUGUUGCCUGGCCUUAUUGGCACACUUUAAUGAGAAUUAAACAUGUUUCCUCAUCUAGGAUUUCUAAGGACUUUUUAUUAUGUUGUCCUGGACACCUCAUAGAAAUGAUCUAUGCUGACAUUUUUUAUUUUACAAUUAGUUCGAUUUUUGGCUCCAAAAUGAGCUACUUUCCCUGGACUAUUAACACAGUAGCAGCGAACAUCCCAUUCCAAACACUCAGGUUUGAAAGGACAGUGCAGUAUGGUAUAGGGAUUGCAAUAUCAGCUGUCUCCCAGCUGGCGGCGCACUACAGCAGGCACACAACAGUUAGUAUGACCUUUUGGGCUUGCCGUACUGUUGUGCAACAUUUAGCGCGAACUUUGAUAGAAAGUUCGCUAGAGAAAACCGGAGGGGUACCGCCGUGUCAUUCUAAUGAAGACUGCUAUGAGAUCUUCACAGGACUGACAGCAGCUGAGGUGAACGUCACUAUCUGAGGGCUCUACCUCUCGCAGAUCAACAUGGGAGUGACGCGUUUCCUGGGCAACAGGCGCUGAACGUUGGAAGAUGAGGAGGAGUCUGGCUCCCAGUCAGGUCGCUAAGCGGAGGCAGGGAGGUGACUCCUGUGAGGACGAGGAGUGGACAUGUAGAACCGAGAAAAAAAGAAAAAGAGAUAAUGAGAUGAGAGAGAACCAUAUUUCUCCUUUCAGAAAGCCUCUGACUCAGCUCAACAGCUGGCCUGCAUGUGUGGAUGGUGAAAAACAUGAGGCAUUUAUUCGAAGUAUCCUCUCCAAGCCAUUUAAAAUCCCAAUUCCAAAUUACACAGGGGCACUGGGAAUCCGGGCACUUGGUCUGAAGCGUGCAGGAGUGAGGAAAGCACUUCACGAUCCCUUUGCAGAGGAUGCUUUGGUUCUUUAUGAGCCCCCGAAUCUGAGUGCUCAUGACCUGAUAAAAGCUGACAAAGAAAAACUUCCAGUCCAUGUUGUCGUGGAUCCAGUUUUAGGAAAAGUGCUCAGACCCCAUCAGAGAGAAGGGGUAAAGUUCCUGUGGGAGUGUGUGACAGGCAGACGCAUCUCUGAAUCAUAUGGCUGCAUCAUGGCUGAUGAGAUGGGCUUGGGGAAGACUUUGCAGUGCAUCGCCCUAAUUUGGACCUUGCUACGCCAAAGCCCUGACACUAAGCCAGAGAUAGACAAGGUCAUUGUGGUUUCACCUUCUAGUCUAGUUCGCAACUGGUACAAUGAAAUAGGAAAGUGGCUGGGAGGACGCAUCACACCAGUGGCCAUUGAUGGAGGUUCAAAGGAUGCAAUCGAUAAGCAGUUAGUGAACUUCAUGUCUCAGCAUGGUUUGAGAGUUCACACCCCAAUCCUGAUCAUAUCCUAUGAGACCUUUCGACUGCACGCUGAGGUCUUACACAAGGGCAAAGUUGGACUUGUCAUUUGUGACGAGGGCCAUCGAUUAAAGAACUCUGACAACCAGACAUACCAGGCCUUGAAUGCCAUGAGUGCACAGAGGAGAGUACUGAUAUCAGGCACGCCCAUCCAGAAUGAUCUGCUGGAGUACUUCAGCCUGGUCCACUUUGUUAAUGCUGGAAUCCUUGGCACAGCUCAGGAGUUUAAAAAGCGCUUUGAGCUUCCCAUCCUGAGGGGUAGAGAUGCAGAUGCCACUGACAGAGACAGACACGCUGGAGAGGAGAAACUCAAGGAGCUCAUCAGCAUCGUCAACAGGUGUCUGAUCAGGAGAACGUCUGAUAUCUUGUCGAAGUAUCUCCCUGUGAAAAUUGAGCAGGUUGUAUGUUGCAGGCUGACUCCUCUGCAGACUGAGCUCUAUAAGCGUUUCCUGAGGCAGGCCAAACCUGUUGAGACGUUACAGGAGGGCAAGAUAAGUGUCUCCUCCCUGUCUUCCAUCACAUCACUCAAGAAACUGUGUAAUCACCCAGCACUCAUCUAUGAGAAGUGUGUGGAGGGUGAGGAGGGCUUUGACGGGGCACUGGAUCUAUUUCCACAGGGAUACUGCUCUAAAGCCGUGGAGCCUCAGCUUUCUGGGAAAAUGCUGGUUCUUGAUUACAUCCUGGCAAUGACAAGGACAACAACUAGUGACAGAGUGGUGCUCGUCUCCAACUACACACAAACACUGGACCUCUUUGAGAAAUUAUGUAGAUCUAGAAGAUAUCUCUAUGUUCGAUUGGAUGGGACAAUGUCCAUCAAGAAGAGGGCCAAGAUUGUGGAAAGAUUCAACAGUCCAUCAAGCCCAGAGUUCAUCUUCAUGCUGAGCAGUAAGGCAGGUGGAUGUGGCCUGAAUCUGAUUGGCGCUAAUCGCUUGGUGAUGUUUGAUCCUGACUGGAACCCGGCCAAUGACGAGCAGGCAAUGGCCCGGGUAUGGAGAGACGGCCAGAAGAAGACCUGCUACAUCUACAGACUGCUCUCUACAGGGACAAUCGAGGAGAAGAUCCUGCAGAGGCAGGCCCAUAAGAAAGCCUUGAGCAGCUGUGUGGUGGAUGAGGAGCAGGACGUGGAGCGCCACUUCUCUCUGGGUGAACUCCGAGAACUCUUCACGCUCAACGAGGAGACCAGCAGCGACACACAUGACAAGUUUCGUUGUCACCGCUGUGUGAAUGGCAGCGAGGUUCGGCCUCCUACAGAGGACUCUGACUGUACCAGUAAUCUUUCCCAGUGGAACCACUGCUACAACAAAAAGGGCCUGAAAGACCAGGUGCUAAAAGCCUCCUGGGAUGCUGCAGUGUCCUUUGUCUUCCAUCAGCGCUCUCAUGAGGACCAGAAAGGUGUUGUGUAGCAGGAGGAACACAACAGACGUCAUAUAUCUCUACUACUUGUAUAUAUGGAAACUGUAUUUAUUUGAUGUUGAGGUUUUUUUCUGUUGUUUUUUAAACAUUAAAACAUUUGUUAAAACA